CAGCGCUUACGGACCAGCUGUUAUAUCGAUAUCCCGGUUGGAAACGACGGCAAAGCUCUGACAACGCGCCACUUCCGCCAAAACCCGCUGCAGCCUCGCUGCCCGCACCGUGACGUCACGGCCUGGCAAACUGAGACUUCAUACCCCAGCAUUCAUUGCAAGCGAUAACCGUGAAAUGCGCGUGCUGGGUAAAGAUAAUGAAGCCCCCCUCACGGAGACGGACGGCUCCAGAAAGGUACGCAACGCUAGAAUUGGCCAAGCUGCACGUUGGACCUCUGCGUCUAACAUGGACCUACAAGGAGAAGCUGCAACUGCUGAGAGGUCUCAGAGCCCAGAGGGACCGGAAGAACCCGCAGCCCCCCGUGGAUGGUCGGGACCCGAGGGAGGUCUCCACGUAUAUGGCGUGGUUACGGGGCAGAGCGGCCCGUGAAGCUUUGCAAACAGAAUAUGAGCGCUGGGUGAAACAGAAGAGGGACAAAAGAUGUAGGACUCCAGCGCCCAUUGAGCUUUGGACUAAUUUAACGCACAGAAUGUCAGAACCGAUCGAGGAAGCGGUCAGCGCAGCGUUUUCACAGAUGUUGACCAUCGCAGCUACAGAGCCGCUGAGCCUCCAGCACUCAGUCCCACCCAAGAAACCACCUGGAUCAACCACUGCCAGAGUGGCACAGAAGCCUCCAACCAUUCCAGAAAAGAAAUCGCAGGAGACGGGCUCCUCGGGGGAGGAGCCUGGUUCUUCAGCCGAGGAGAUGGCUUCUAGGUCGGAACCAACUGCAUCGAAAGCUGAAAACGUGGUUGAAUGGAAAGAAGUGGAUUUUGAGAAGAUCUACAAGUAUCUGUCCAAAGCUGCCAAAGGGGACAACCUCCCGAAGCUGUCUCCAGAGGAGUCCGCGGUGGUCCUGAGUCUCCUGCACUCGCUUCCGGCCCAUCUGCAGACCCUGGAUUGCAACUCGCUUGCCUCUUACGUGUACCAGAAAUACUCUGCCUUCAACGCGCAACCUAAUCCAGGAGAAACAGCAGCUCAGGAGGUCACCGGUACCGACCCACCAGCCCUGGACUGGAAGGAUGUGGGCUUCUGCCCCUUAAAUCCUUUCUUGAUACCCCUGGACCUGUUGAAUUUAAAAGAAAGGGACUGAAAUCCACCCCUCCCCCGCCUAUUUAUUUUCCCCUUCAUUCCAAUCCGUCUGUGCGAUAAACUCCACAAAUAAAGUAUAUUCGUGUUUUGUA